AUGCUGGCCAUUGUCUUUGCUGAAGGCUUAUCAUCAAAUGCAGAGCGGCUUAUUCCUUUCUUGACAUCGGCAAAGGAUCCGUUGUUUUCGGCAGGUCCUCCAUCCAGCACUUCAAGUGAUGGUGUAUCCUGGGAGGAAAUCGUCAUUCCCCCUCCUCUUGUACCCGUAUCCAUGCAACGACAUGCUACAGAAACAUCAGAACCGGAAGGAACCAAUGUUGGAGAACGCAUUCAGUUUGGGGAAUCCGUCUUGUUGUUGAAGAAUUUGGUGGACUCGGAAACCUGUCAAGAGCUUGUCGAUUUGGUUCGGCAGUCGCAGCAAAUUGGUGACUCUGAUGAUGGCGACGACGAAAAGACGGGACUGUUGCGAAUUUCCCACCAUUGCAGCUGCAGAACGAGCGAGACUCAACAAAACUCCAUCCGUUGA